AUGAAUUCACAAGUCAGUGCAAUAGAUAUUAGGGAGGGAAAAAGUGAGAAGGAAUUAAACACAGUUUUCAAGAUUCAUGAAGUAAUACUGCCAACAGGAAAUUAUGCAAGAAAAAAUCUUCUUGGUUUCAAUGACAAGAUAGGAAACAAUAGACCUGUUCGUGUACCUGUUAGAAAAAGAAACUGUUUACAGCCAUGGGUUAUUGGCUUAAUCACCUUUAUAUCCCUGAUUGUUCUGGCAGUAUGCAUUGGACUCAUUGUUCAUUAUGUGAGAUAUAAUACCCGGAAGCCCUACAAUUAUUACAGUACCUUGACAUUCACCAGUGACAAAUACUACUAUGAGUUCGAUAAAGAAGCUACCACAAGCUUCACAGAAAUGAGUCAGAGGAUAGAAUCGAUGGUUAAAAAUGCAUUUUAUCAAUCCAGUUUAAGGAGAGAAUUCAUCAAGUCCCAGGUUAUUAAGUUCAGCCCCCAGGAGCCUGGAGUGGUGGCCCACAUGCUGAUGAUUUUUAAAUUCCCCUCUACACAGAAUCCUGAAUCCAUAAAAAAAAUAAUUCAACGUGUGCUGCAUGAGAAACUCCAACAUGCAACUGGGCCCCCCAAAGUAGACCCUUCAUCAGUUGUGCUCACAGAUAUCAACAAGACAGAAACGGAUAACUAUCUGAAUAACUGCUGUGGGACACGGACUAGCACAAGUGACAGGAUAGUUGGGGGAAAUGCAGUAGAACAAGAAGGUGAAUGGCCCUGGCAGGCCAGUUUGCAGUGGGAUGGAUCUCAUCGUUGUGGGGCAACCUUGAUCAAUGCCACGUGGCUUGUCAGUGCUGCUCACUGCUUCAGAAAUUAUAAGGACCCAUCCAGAUGGACUGCUUCUUUUGGUUUGACAAUAAAUCCCCCCAAAGAGAGGCAAGGCAUCAAGAGGAUUAUUGUUCAUGAAAACUACAAGUAUCCAUCCCAUGACAAUGACAUUGCUGUCCUGGAGCUUUCUAAACCUGUUCCUUACACAAACGCUGUGCAUCGAGUGUGCCUCCCAGAUGCAUCUCAUAAAAUCAACCCAGGUUCUCUGGCAUAUGUCACAGGAUUCGGAGCACAGAGAAAUGAUGGUACUAGUGUAAACCAUCUUCAGCAAGUACAAGUGAAUAUCAUAGAUACUCAAACUUGCAACCAGCCACAAGUUUACAACAAUGCUAUUAGCCCUGGAAUGAUAUGUGCUGGCUAUUUAGAAGGAGGAAAAGAUGCUUGUCAGGGUGACUCUGGUGGACCUAUGGUCAGUUCAAAUUCUAGAGAAAUCUGGUAUCUUUAUGGCAUAGUCAGCUGGGGUGAUGAAUGUGCACAACCAAAUAAGCCAGGUGUCUAUACUCGAGUGACUUUUUUUCGUGAUUGGAUUGAAACCCAAACUGGUAUCUAA